CGAUGGGCAAGGCGAGCACCGUGUCUUCGUGGCUGUGCUGCCCGUGCCGGUGCCUUUUCUGCGGCCUGCUGAGCUGCCUCUUCAGUGUCGUCGCCACCAUCCUCGUCAUCGCCGGCGUCGUCGUGCUCGCGCUCUACCUCCUCUUCCGACCGCACCUCAUCCACGCCACCGCCGCAUCCGCCGACCUCGGAAACUUCACCCUCACCCCGCAAACCUGGAUCCUCUGCUACAACCUCUCCGUCGCGCUCUCCGUCCGCAACCCCAACUCCCGGAUCGCCAUCCACUACCACUCCGUCGAAGCCGAGGCCUACUACAUGGGCCAGAGCUUCGCCCGUGCCGACCUCCCGGACUUCUACCAGGAAACCGGCGAGACCACCGUCCUGCCGUUGGCCUUCGCGGGCGAUCACCCGCUCGAGGGCGGGGUCGCCGCCGCGGGGUUCCGCAAGGAGGCCAUCGACCACGCCACCUUCUCCGUCGACGUCAAGCUCAGCGCCAAGAUGCAGCUCAAGGUGUGGGCCUUCAGGGUGCCGGGACCAAAGCCCAGGGUUGACUGCCCUCUCAUCAUCCAGCGGCGGAACGCCUCCGAACCCACCGGAGCCAGCCCGCCCGAGUUCCACCCCAUCGAGUGCCGCGUCUGGUUCUGAUCGAUUCCGGCGAUUCUGAUUGCCAGUUGAUUAAAUGUUGCUAGUUAAUUAAUUAGAUAUGCAUAGUCUACCACUCUCCCAUGCAUCUUGAUUAAUUAAUCACCUUUGUUUGUUUCCCUGAUCGCUUAAUCUGUAGUAUAUAAG